CUCAUGGAUCUGAUCCGGAGAGAGGGCCAGAGGAUGGCGGCAGCCCAGCCGUCAGAGACAACCGUGGGCAACAUGGUGCGGCGAGUGCUGAAGGUCAUUCGGGAGGAGUACGGCAGGCUUCACGGGCGCAGUGAGGAAAGCGACCAGCAAGAAUCCCUGCACAAACUCCUGACUUCUGGAGGACUGAGCGAGGACUUCAGAACCCCUUAUCCUCCCCUCAGAGCUAAUGUUAUCGAAGCUAUUAACGAGCUGCUAAUAGAGCUAGAGGGCACCACUGACAACAUUGCUAUGCAGGCGCUGGAGCACAUCCACUCCAACGAGGUGAUCAUGACCAUUGGCUACUCGCGCACUGUUGAGGCCUUCCUGAAGGAAGCUGCCCGCAAGCGGAAGUUCCAGGUCAUCGUGGCGGAGUGUGCACCGUUCUGCCAGGGUCACGAAAUGGCUGUCCGACUAUCUAAAGAGAACAUUGAAACUACUGUCAUGAGUGACGCAGCUAUUUUUGCUGUCAUGUCUCGAGUCAACAAGGUCAUUAUUGGUACAAAGACAAUCCUGGCCAAUGGUGCUCUGAUUGCUGUGAGUGGGACUCACACUCUGGCACUGGCAGCUAAACACCACUCCACUCCACUCAUCGUGUGUGCCCCCAUGUUCAAGCUUUCACCACAGUUCCCUAAUGAAGAAGAUUCAUUCCACAAGUUUGUGUCACCACAGGAAGUGCUGCCAUUCACAGAAGGGGAGAUCCUGGCAAAGAUCAACGUUCACUGCCCAGUGUUUGACUAUGUCCCACCAGAGCUCAUUACUCUCUUCAUUUCUAACAUUGGGGGUAAUGCGCCUUCUUACAUCUACCGCCUCAUGAGUGAGCUCUACCAUCCUGAUGACUAUGAGCUCUGAUGCCAUGAAGCAUGUCACUCUCCAGACUUUUCCUAUCUUUUUCUUUAGAAAGAUACAACCGCUAAUUAAAGUGUACGUUGCAAAGGCGGGUUGCUGUGGGGCAUCAGUGGGGAAUUUGCUCAGCAAUGUCUUUCCUACACAAAAGCAACUGAAGACAGAGCUCUUGAUGGGUAUUGAUCCCUGUGCUGUGUUAGAAGCCAUGUGGCACUAUUAACCCACUUGGGUUUUGAAACAACAAGGCUUAUGUGUAAAUGUCUGGGGCAGCUAAGCUGUUA